AAUGACUCUUUCUCAUACAAUUUAACAUUAAGAGGAUAUUUAAUGUUUAAAGUCUGAGACUUUAUAAAUUGUCAUUCAGACCUCUGAAUAGGUUGUUUUAGAUAAAAUUGAAUGCAAGAAUUUAACUCUUGUUGUUGAGUAUAUAUUACAUAUUUACAUUUUUAGGGGAUUUUUAAAUUAUUAGCAUUAUUCAACUUUAAUCUCAUCGUUAAACCAUUUAGAUUUGAGUAGUUUUAAAUUGAAAUAUGGGUAUGAUUUUUUUUGAUUUAUAGUGCUAAUAAUCAAUUUUCUGAUGAAGAUGGAAGAAUUUUGGCUUAAUUUAUUUUAAAUUAAAAAAGUCUAAAAUCUCUUGACAUUCAUUUUGAUUUGAAUAAUCCAAUAAAGUAAAUAUCACCUGUUUUGGAAGCAAUAUAAAAUCAUGACAAUGAACUUGUGCAUUUAAAAUUAAAUUUCGAGUAAGUAGUAAAUAUAUUUAUAGGGAUGAAUUACCACUUUGCUUAAAGGAUUUAUAAUUUAUUACUUCAAAAAAAUUACAAUCUAUUUCAUUGUAAAUUGGAUAAGGUGUUUGUGUGGAUCAAAAUUGGUCACAUUUUGAAAAUGCAUAAAAAGAUUCAAUUUUACAAGAAUUUACUUUACUUAUAAGUCCAUUUAAUAAAUUAGAUAAAUCAUUUCAUUCUUUCUUUAAAUGGUUAGCAUCAUAACCCAAUAUAGAAAAAUUAAAUAUAUCAAUAGGUGCUUAAACUGAAAUAGAUGAAUAAGCAAUCACUUAAUUAGGUUUAGCACUUUAAAAAAUUGAAUAACUUAAAUUCCUCAAUUUAUUUUUACAUGAUACUAGAAAUUUAACAUAAAAUUCAUUUGAUUAAAUUGUUAAAUCAUUUGGAAAAUUAGAAAAUUUAGAAUUAAAUUUAGGGUAUAAAUAUUAUUAUUAUACAUUAGUAACAAUUAUGGUAUUAACAAUUAUGAUAUUUUGUAUUAAUAAGUAAAAAACAUUAAAUAAGUUAAAUUGUCUUUAGGAACUCAUCACAAAUUCAUUUCAAGUGAAUUAUUUUAAGAUUGCAAUAUUAAGAUUUUGGAUAUUAAGUUAUAAAAGGGAAGUACAAUAAAAUAAGGAAGUUUUAAAUCUAUUGAACCUUUCCUUGAAAGAACCGAAAAAUUACUCAUAGAAUUAAGUGAAGGAAAGGAUUGUUCAGAUUUAGAUUUAAUAGAUCUUAUAGGUUAAAUCACACCUGGUUGUGAUAUAAGAAUAACUACAAAUACAUAAUAGAUUAGAAAAAUCAAAUAAACACUUUAAAUUUAAUUGGAUACAAUUUAAUCCAUAAAAAUAUUAUUUAAUACUUUAAGUUAAAAAAUGGAUUUAUUUUAAAAUUUAAAAAUCUUCAUUAAAUCUACAAGUAUUGAGCAAGAGUCAGUAGAUUCCAUUAUUAAAUAAUUAUAAUAAUCGCAAUUAAAAGUUUUAAGUUUGAUAAUUAAGAAAAUAAACAAUUUUUAAUGCAACUAAAUGAUAGAUUUAUUUUAGUAAAUUGUUGUUCUUAAAUAAUGGACAUUCUUGUCAAUUGAAGUUGUUUAGAAAUGUAUUAUGUAAUUAUAUGGGAAAUCAUUAACUAAUCAAUAAGUUAAUUUUCAAGUACAUUCAGGAUUGAAAUUAGGAUCUUAAGGUAUGGAAUAUAUUGCAAAAUCAUUGAAAAGUAUAAACAUUACAAAAUUAAGAUUAACAAUAUUGUAAAUAUUAUUUAAUAUUAAUAAUUAGAUUAGAUAAUUCAUUAAAUGAGCAAGGAUUAAAAUAAAUAACUUUAGCUUUAUUAAAUAGUGUAAAUCUCUAGAAGGCAUCACUUCAAAUUUUGGAUUCUAAUUAAUAAUUAUAAUAGUAUAUGAGUAAAAUGUAAGCUACUAUCAAUUAAUAUAUCAAAGAUAAAACAAAAUUAUAGAAAUCUUAUUGUUUAUUUUUAUAAAAAGAACUUAAUAAUAAUAAGAAAUAAAUAUCGUAAUAGAUGUUAGCAGGAGUUGCAGAUUAUUUGAUUGAAGAUGUUGUUUUGCCAGUUCCAGCAGCAGGAUAAUAUCAUAAUCAACAAGGAGGAUUUGGAUCUAGUUGGAAUCCUUAAUAAAUAGUAGAGAUAUUUGGAUAAUGAA